UGUAGCCAGUUAUCAAGCCACGUGACAUUAUGGUCAAAGCAUGACGUCUCAUAUCCGUCUGGACAGAGAAAAUGGCGGAAGUGGAUGAGUUAAGUAAACCUAUGUUUGCAGGUCUGUCAGAUGUAUCCAUAUCAGGAGACAUCCCUGUUGAGGGGGAGAUCAAUGUGCCUGUUGGAACCCCCAGUCAUGAUGAUGAAUACUCCACACUGGAUGAACCUGUCAAAGACACCAUAUUACGAGAUCUGAAAGCAGUGGGGAAAAAGUUUGUUCAUGUGAUGUAUCCUAAGAAGAGUUCAACGCUACUGAGAGACUGGGACUUGUGGGGCCCAUUAUUGCUCUGUGUGACACUGGCUCUGAUGCUGCAGGGGGGUUCAGUUGACAGUAAGGAAGAUGGAGGGCCCCAGUUUGCAGAGGUGUUUGUGAUCAUCUGGUUUGGAUCUGUCAUCAUCACACUGAACUCAAAGCUGCUGGGAGGCACCAUAUCUUUUUUCCAGAGCCUGUGUGUGCUAGGCUACUGCAUCAUGCCUCUGACUGUGGCAAUGGUUGUCUGUAGGCUGGUGCUGCUGGGUGGGUCUGGGAUGGUCAGCUUCAUCGUCCGACUAAUUGUGGUCACAGCAUCAUUCAGUUGGUCCACGUUUGCCUCUACAGCUUUCUUAGCAGAUAGCCAGCCUUCUAAUCGCAAAGCUUUGGUGGUGUAUCCCGUCUUCCUCUUUUACUUCGUUAUUGGAUGGAUGAUUCUCACGUUCUCACCGUCUGCGUAGCAGUGGACUUGUCUCUAAACUGAACUUAACACAAUCCUUUUGGAAUAGAAGGAUACAAAUCAACACCAUGUAAUUUGUGGAAGACGAGGACCAUGGUGUGUUGGGGGUACUCUUGGUGUAAAACGUUGUGCAUUUUGCUUUGGUGCCACAAGGAAAAUAGUGAGAUUUGACCAAAGUGCACAGUGCUUUGCCUCUUUCUUUUUUUGUUUCCAUUAUUGCUAAGCUCAGCUAAGAAAUACAGUGGAGUACAAUGCAUACAAAAGAGUCAAAGUGAGGCUUUUCUGAUAUCCUUACAGGGACUAUCUGCUUGAUUAAACAGGCUCUCUGUGUCUCCCAUGAAGAGAUGACUUCUUACUAGUACACUAGCAGGAGUAAAGGGGACCAUGAGAUCUAUAUUCUAUGUGACAUGGUCCAUUUACCUAUAUCACUGACUAAUAUGUGAUGCCAGUGUGUAUGUAUACUGUACACUGCCUUAUGCCUAAUUUUCAAUAUUUCUUAGGUUUCUGUUUUAUUUAGAUUAUUUACAAGUAGUAUUCUCAUUUAGAAAUUAAGAUUUGAUUAUCCAAGGAUAGUAAGUGGCAGUGUUGCUCAAUUUUCAUAUCAGCAACAUUUAAAAUUAUGUACAGUAGGUGGUUGUAGUUAACAUUUUCUGGGGAAAGUUAUGUUAUUAUAUAUUUAUAAAUGCCCUGUUCUCUCUCAGUAAUAUAAUAUAAUUUAAUUUAAUAUAAUUCUAUUAAAACAGAAAUGUGAAUAUAAACUGUAAUUCUCCAAAAUCUGAAUAAUUUGUAUUUGGUUCUGUAAUAUGGUGCAAAAUCAUUUUUUCUGUUGUUCAGAUGCCAGUCAAGAUCUUUGUGUAGCAUGAAUCACAAAGUACACCUUAAGUACAGUCAUCAAAUGUAUUGUACAUGGGGGUAAUCGCUCUGCCAUUUACCACUUACAAUUGGCUAUUGGUCCUUGUGGUUAGCUGUUACCUAAAAUACCUAUCCAGGUGUACUAAGAUUGGGCAUGUGUCAGGAAAGCCUGGGCAGAGGAACAGGCCCAUUUAAAGGCGAGUUUAGACUCAACUACUCAAUAUUACUUGGAGAUCAGUCAGUCACCAUUUACCCAUGAUGCAUCACGGUUUUAUGCUCUCGAACACGGCCACUGAUCACAUCUGGUGUGCAUCGUGAUUUUUAAACAUCUAUGAGCAGGCAAAGGUUAGUAAGCAAAAGUAAGUUUAUGUUGAAAAAGGGUGAAUUUCCCCCUUAAAACUGACAAGAGGCAUCACGCAGAGGGAUUCCUGGCUUGAAGAUAUUGGGCUUUAGUGGUAAGUUUUAGGGGUAAGCCGGAAGUAGUUUACAAGUAAAGCCGGAAGAGGCACAUAUGCAUCUGCUGUCGGAUGACUUCUGCUGUUUUCUAGGAAAUGCGUCAGUGGCAGACAUGGGAUUCGCCUUUGUUAUUUCCGAGGUGGAUGGUAUUGAAAUUCCACUUCUACACAAAGCUGAACAUGAUCAGCAUGGUCCAAGGAAUGAAUAUCCUGAUAAAGAAAUUAGACACCAGCCCAAGCUCUAACAUUCACAAUACUUGUUUUGUAUCUGUGAUGGUUUUCUCAAAAUAUAACCAGGAAUUGAGUGCAUAGGCUACUAGAAUGAGAACAUAUGUGUUAUUGCAUUAUAUGGGAUAUGCUCUUUUCUUUGUCAUUACUUUAUGCCCUUGUACCUUCCUCAUUAUUUGUGAUUGCGCAACAUGGAAUUGUAACAGAUCUGAUUAAAUAUGGUCCACAAAGAUU